GAGGUAUUUUCGAUAACACGAAAAGUUUGUCGUAACACCAGGUUUUUCACCAUCGCAGCGCAGAGUGCCCAAAAAGGGGAAACGGAGAAAUGGCCUCGCUGUUGAAACUUUCCACCGCUUUGCGGCGCCCGACACUGCUGGCCGGAAGCCGUGCCGGAUCGACGUAUGCAGCCGCCUUCCGCACCGCCCUUUCGAACGAACCAGCGACCGAGGUAACCACACUGGACAGCGGGUUGCGCGUAGCCAGUGAAUCCGUCCCGUCGCAGGUGGCCACCGUUGGUCUUUUCAUCGAUGCCGGUGCUCGGUACGAGGACAAAAACAGCAACGGUACGGCAAACUUUUUCGAACAUCUAGCGUUUAAGGGAACGAGCAAACGAUCGCAGGCGGCGCUGGAGCAAGAGGUGGAGAGCCUUGGUGCACAGCUGGAUGCAAACACGGGCCGGGAACAGACCUCCUUUACGGCACGCUGUCUGUCGAAGGAUGUUCCGAAGCUGGUCGAAAUUUUGGCCGACGUUGUACAGAACCCACGGCUGGACGAUGCCGAUGUGAAGCGCGCCCGUGAGGUGAUUCUGGGCGAGAUCGAACAGGUGGAUGCCAGCAAUCUGCGUGAGGUCGUGCUCGACCAUCUGCAUUCGACCGCGUUCCAGGGUACGGCGCUGAGCAAUACCGUGUGGGGCCCGAGCAGCAACAUCCGUUCGAUCAAGGCUGAAGACGUGCGAGGUUACGUCAAUUCGCACUACAAGGCGCCGCGGAUGGUGCUGGCUGCGGCCGGUGACGUUCGUCAGGCGGAGCUGGAGAAGUUGGCCGAGAAGUAUCUGGGCAAGGUGGAGACAACUUUCGACGGAAAGGCACCGCAGCUGUCGGCGGUACGUUUCACCGGUUCGGAGAUGCGUGUGCGUGACGAUUCUAUUCCGCUGGCGCAUAUUGCCGUGGCGGUGGAAGGAUGUGGUGUGGCUGAUUCGGAUGCGCUUACUCUAUCGGUGGCUAGUGCACUGAUUGGUACGUGGGAUCGUACGUUCGGCGGUGGUGUGAAUAAUGCUUCGAAGCUGGCCGUCGCUUCGGCACACGAUAAGCUGUGUCACAAUUUCGAGUCGUUCAAUCUGAACUACCGCGAUACCGGACUGUGGGGCAUCUACUUCGAGUGCGACCCAUUGCUGUGCGAGGACAUGCUGUUCAACGUGCAGAACGAGUGGAUGCGUCUGUGCACGAUGGUCACCGAGGGAGAGGUGGAGCGCGCCAAGCGCCAGCUGAAGACCCGUCUGUUGGCUCAGCUCGAUGGACCGCAAGCAAUCUGCGAGGACAUUGGGCGUCAGGUACUGCUGCAGGGAAUCCGUGUACCGCUGCACGAUUUGGAGCGCCGCCUGGAGAAUGUGACGGCGUCGAAUGUGCGUGACGUCGCAAUGCGUUACAUCUUUGACCGUUGCCCUGCCGUUGCUGCCGUGGGACCGGUAGAAAACCUGCCCGACUACAUGCGUAUCCGCUCGUCCAUGUACUGGACUCGGCUGUAAGGUGAAAUACUUUAAUCUUUUCCCCGUUUUUACAGCUAUCUAUGUGCAACCAAGCGUUAUCAUAUAGCAGUCAAGUAAAUUGUAUGUGUUAUUGGUGAAAAAAAAACAGAA